UCAGCUGUUAAGUGGUUCCUUUGACUGAAGUGACGAGAAUGAAAGGAAUAUUAACCAGUUCCUAGGCAACUGACACGGUAACUGAGAUAAUUUAUGUCACAGAAGACUCGUCACAUGACAAAAACUAAUCAGCAAAUAACAAGUCGUGUCAUUCCUGUUAGAUUUUCCUCCUAUAACAAAUUCAGUUGGGCUGCGGAAAACUUCCCGUGUAUUUGAUGUUAACCUAAAGGUGGGUCAGCGUGCCAUAUAUUGGCACCAUUUUUGGGUCAAGAAAGUUGGAGAAACCAGCAGAAGAAAAGAAACCUUCGGUAGGAUAUCUAAGGAUAUCAAGGAAAAGCGGGAAAACGACAGAAUCACGGAUGGAGUUUUAUGCGAAAAUUUCCCUUGGUGUGAUCUCCGUUCUCGCUGUUGCCGCUAACUUCUUUGUUGUCUGUUUAGUUUGUUUGAAAAGAGUCCCUCGAACAUACACAAACUGGUUGACUGUUUCUCUUGCUGUGUCUGACAUUUUAACAGGAGGUAUUUUGCUUCACACGCUGAUCAUAGGGUCGACGCACGUCGUGGUAGAUUAUUUAGUAAGUAUGAUCUUACUCUGGGGUGUUGCUAACAUAUGUGCACUCACUUAUGAUCGAUACGUUGCCGUUAUUAAGCCUCUACAGUACACUUACCGGAUACCCGAGAUAUUCGAAAAAACUAUUAUCGCUGUAUGGUUAUUUCCAACCAUAUACAGCUUAUUACCAUUAUUUUGGAGAAAGGAUCGUUCCAAAACAAUCCACUUGGUGUACCUUAUUUGCAUGGAAUUCAUUGGCGUGUUCAUUCCGUACUUCUUCGUGACCAUCGCCUACGCACGGAUUUUUAAGGAGAUGAAGCAAAGCUUAGCGCUGAGGAAACAUUUGAAUUGCGCAAUGAAACAAAUCAACGAACGCAGAAAACUCUCCUCAGACGCUCACGUGGCGAAACUCUUUUUCAUCAUGUCGAUGACCUUCUUAAUCUCGUGGGUGCCGAUCAUUUAUAUGACAACCGCCGCCCGUAUUUUUGGUCGGUUGGACAUCAUUCCCGAAGUCCUCCCGACAAUUUCUCUGUAUACAGUAGCUACUGCUUCGUUGGUAAAUCCCUUCGUGUACGCUCUCCUCAAACCGGAUUUCAGGGUUGUAACACGAAAUAUGUGUCGAAAGAGUGGUCGAGUGGGAGCGAUGUCCAUGACGCCUCAACAGUCUUAUCAGGAUAAAACAGGGGGAGACACCAAAAGUCACGAAGAACCCCCACAAAAACUUCCAUCAAAACCGAGGGCAGAUUGGUUGGAGUGUGGUACUUAGACACUUCGACCCAACACAAGAUGGAUUUAUACGCUAGUGAUUCUCUCUGUACCUUUUUUCGACGCUAGAAAAAAAAAAUAAAAAGCGCGAUAGAAAACGAUAUGGACACUGCUUUCAAUGUUUCUGAGAACAUUGGCCAUUACGCACUUCAUGAACAUCCUUUGCCUAGAACGAUUAUGUAUAUUAAAAACAAAAACGCCUUGUCAAAAAAACGCCUGCUUCCAGUAAUUUCAUAAAAAAACAGCGAUGCUUCUUUACAAAUAAAAAAGCAAUUAGAGCACGGGAGAGUUUGGAGAUAACCAGGUGCAUUUCAGCUAAAAGCAGAAUUGUCAAUUCACUGAUAGUAAUGGACUAAGCUCAGUUGUAUCAGGAAAGGUUUUCAUUCAGUUCGUGACAUGCUUUAAUUCGUAUCUUUUGAUGUCGUUAGGCUUUUAAACCUUAAAAAUAUAUAUUGCCGAUAUCGUAACGAAUGAAGAAGUAGUUGGUGACGUAUGGAAUAAAAGCGAUAUUAAUUCAUACUUAAAUUUUCCUGUCAGUGUACCACGGCUGAAAUCACCUGUAUGAAAAAAGGUUUUUAUUCAAUUUGUGCCGUGUUGUCGACAUCUUUCCAUACAACUUUUUUAGAUCUUAUAAGAACUUUUCGAUAUUGUCAGGAAUGAAAAAUCAGCUGGCGACGCAUGGCCUUGGGGAAACGUUGUGCAAAAAAAUAGGUAUGAAAAAAAUUCGAAGUGCUUUGUAUCUUAUCAAUAAAACAACAAAAAAAUGCGCCCAAACGCAUAAAUAACGACAAUAAUAAAGCGUCUGCUUCAUUCAAGACAACAAUGCAAUAAAAAAAUAUAAAGACACAACAUAAUGAAUUAUAUAGAAGUUCUGGAAUUAAUCAGUAACGAAAAUCAGCAGUAAAUAUCAAGACUCAGUAUCGGAGAUGUCAAAACUCAUAAAACAAAAUUACUCGUCUCUCAUACUCACCGAAUAUUGAUGGGCUUGUAAACACAUAUCUGGUAUCCUUUGGUGUGAAAACUACGAGGCAAGAGUACCAUAUAACCCCAUACAUUAAUUAUGCAUUCAGUCUUUGUUCAAU